AAAAGUCCUGCUCUUUCAGAUGUGUUGGCGUUGCUGAGCCGGAAGGGUCAGAGUUCAGUCAAUGUUGAUGAUGUCAUGCAGUAAAGAUGGCUGAAGGGGAAGGAGGAUGGUGGGGAGGCUGGCUCCAGCAAAGUUUCCAGUCAGUGAAAGAUAAGUCUGCUGAAGCUUACGACUUUAUUAAACGCGACCUGGCUGAGUUUACCAAUGUAGUACAACGUGACACUGCGUGUACUAUUGCUGCCACAGCUAGUGCUGUCAAGGACAAACUCGCAGUCGAAGGAUCGUCAGACGCAACUCAGAAGGUGAAGAAAGGACUGUCCAACAUCCUGGGAGUUAUAACAGACACACUUGCUCCUCCACCUGACAAAACCAUCGACUGUGAUGUGAUCACGUUAGUAGCAACCUCUGCUGGUACAACAGAGGUAUAUGACAGUACAAAGGCGCGUCUGUACAGUUUACAGGCAGAUCCUGCCACCUACUGCAAUGAGCCCGAUGGUCCUCCAGAAGCGUUUGAGGCCUGGCUGGUGGAGUUUAAUUUUGAAGAGAAGAAAGCAGAGGUUUCUGAACUCCUGGUCAGCAGCCCAUCCAUCCGAGCCCUCUACAGCAAAAUGGUUCCAGUGGCUGUAUCCCAUGCAGAGUUCUGGCAGCGGUACUUUUACAAAAUUUAUCAGCUGGAUCAAGAAGAAGCCAGACGGAUUGCCCUGAAACAGAGAGCCGAGCAGACGUCCCAGUCUGAGGAACUGGGCUGGGAGGAGGAGGAGGAUGAAUUCUUAGGGGCUGCCCCGUCAUCUCGUCUGGAUUUCAAGACACCAGAAGAAUCCAGUCUUUCACCUGUAAGCACCACUGCCCCUGUUUUCACAGCUGUGAGUGGUCGAGAUGCUGAAACUGUGCAUGUGUCCGGGAACAGGGACAUUAUUGACAUUCGACAAGGUCAUGACGUGACCCCUUCAAUAAGCAGUGAGAGUGUAACCCUAAUAACGCAGAUUGAAAACCUGGGGGCCUUUGAAACAGUUCAGGAUAACGCAGCAGAGGAAAUCACCAAAAAACUAACAGAAGCCAGCUUGGAGGAAGCAAACCUAACCCCGAGCUUGCCGGAGGACAUCGGCAGGCUUCCCGAAACAGACAGGAUCACAGAUUCGGAAGUGCCUGCAUCUCACCUGGGUGAUGAGAAACCGAAAGGGGCAACUGAGGCAAAAGCCACAGCCAAGCCUGACACUGUGAAAGAAGAUGGACCAACAGAUCUCAGAGUUUUUGAACUGAACUCAGAUAGUGGGAAAUCCACCCCCUCUAACAAUGGCAAGAAAGGAUCAAGUACUGAUAUCAGCGAGGACUGGGAAAAGGAUUUUGAUUUAGAUAUGACAGAAGAGGAGGUUCAACUAGCACUUUCUAAAGUAGAAGCAUCUGGAGAACUGGAGGAGGAAGACUGGGACAACUGGGAAUGAAACCUCAUGAAAGUAUCUUCAGAGGUGUCGCCAGUUUUAACACAGAAAGUCCUCUGAGGAAAGCGUCAUGCUGUUUUUGUAAUUGCUAGCCUGUGCCAUUGCUGAGCUUCCUUAUUUCAAACUAGAGAAGACUGCAUUGAUUUGGACAUUGUUACUGAACUGUUGGCUAAUUAUAUUGACCCCUGGAAAUUAAUGCAGCGAGUCAGAAUGCCAUGAAAUUGUACUCCAAUUAGUCCACAUUAUUUUCAUACAUUAAGUGUUACACAGCAAUUUGUAAAUGAUGUAACUGGUGAUGCUGGGGACACUUUCAGAAUAAUUGAAGAGUGACAUGGUAGCAUCGCAUGGUUGCUAUUUCUAAAUGCAUUUACCAGUAAUACUUUAUGGGUGUAUAAAUUAUUUAACAUUGUGUGUGGGGAGGAUUUUGAUUAUUUUGACUUCUUUUCUCCUAAUAAGUAAUUGUAAUUCAACCCUCAGUUACAGCCUACAAAAUGUAUUUAUAAGUUUAAGCUUUUGAAAUAUUCAUAUUUGUUGUUUCUUUCGUAAGCGAAAGGUAGAGAACUGUGUGUGAUAUGCAGAGUAAAUCACUUUUCUGCUUUGUAACUUGCUGACGCUAUGGAGUAGUAUGCAAGUACAAUUGUCCCACGUGCUUUCUUUAUGUGAUUAACUAAAAGUGCGGAACCCAUUCAUUGUAAUACUGCAUUAUAAUAUGUUAUACAUGACUUAACUAAAGAAUCAAACAGCUUUCGAUCAGUAAAUGUGGAAACUGUAAUUUUUAUGCUUAAGUUUAAAAGAAAAUGGACCCAGACCGGAAAUGACUUUAUGCAUUCUCAACUUAAACUUUUGAUGUUUAGUUGUAUGAAAACUGAACAGCAGCUCUGUUGAUUUACCGCUUGCCACUUUCCUAUUUUCUUAGUCCAUUUUAAGGUGUAAGGUAGCAGAAAAUAUUAUUUUAGCGGUCAGUUUAGAAACGGCUUUUUCACAUCUGGUUUGGAUACUGUCUGCCUACAGCCGUGAGUGAUGAUGUGCAACAGCUUCUUAUAAAAUAGCAGAGGAUUUGGUAUAUUAUAUAUGACUCGGAUAUAUACUUCCGCUAUGAGGAAGACAAACAUUUUAUAAGCCAGGUUUCUUGGUUGUGGAUGCCAGGCUGGGGGUGUUGGGAACAGUUAAUAGUAUAGAAUUACUACAGCAUUUCCAACAGGCAACUUUCCAGAGAAAAUAUGUUCUAAAUGAGCACACAUGGCUUUCAUUUUAAUUUUGGCAGCAGAUAGCUUUGAAAGAAAGGAGUUUUAUUUUAUAUCGUACAUAUUUAAGUAAUUGUGCUUCUCUUAUCGGCUGUGUUAACAUUUUAAAGGGACCGAGGCACCCAGUCAAAUGUUUGAAAUGUAAGUGUGAAUGGUUACAAGGCUACGUUUUCUAACGGCUGCUUUAUUUCCAGCCUGUUGUAUCUGUAAUAUAAAAGUCUUUAUAUAGCAUGCCAGUGAAAUCAGAUAAGCAGCAUGGAUUAUUUGUAUAUAUUCUUUUGAUUUAAAUGAUGUUUGGAUUCUUACUGAAGUGUUGCUGGAGUUAUUUGCUAGGGAUUAGAUUUCUGUAAUUAACUCAUGGUUUGAGGGGCAAUCUAUAUUUUAAAUGAUAAGCAUCUUCUAGCUGCAGUUUUAGCUUUAAUGUUCUUAAAGCUAUUGCUUUUGUAAUGGAACCUUUUUCUUGGAACACUUUUACAGAUCACCUCUGUAACUUAUUAAACCUAAAUGAUACCAAGUUA